AUGGAUAAAAUGGAUAUCCAUUCCCUAUUGAAUAAUAACGAAGAAACUCAUCAACUUUACGGACCAACAAGUCCAACUCCAAGUACUUCAAGCGAAUGUACAGAUUCAGAACAGAUCAUAGAUAACGACCGUCCCUAUGAAUGCAAUUGGUUGUCUUGUGGCAAAGCAUUCUCGAGACGCUCGGAUCUUGCUCGUCACCGAAGGAUUCACACCGGCGAGCGCCCGUACCGCUGUGAAUGGGUCGGAUGUGGUAAACAAUUCAUUCAACGUUCCGCAUUGACGGUUCAUUAUCGUACCCAUACCGGAGAGCGCCCUCAUAUAUGUGAAUAUAUUAAUUGUGGCAAAUCUUUUAGCGAUUCAUCUUCUUUGGCUAGACAUAGAAGAACACACACCGGAAAAAGACCUUAUGUGUGCCCUCACUCAGGUUGCGGGAAAACUUUCACUCGUCGCACCACGCUAACGCGGCAUCAGAGACAACACGAUCCUCAUUGGAAGGAAUAUAAUACUGCUUUUGAACCACGUAAACAAAGUUCAACAGAUCAUUUAGCAAUUUCGUUAUCGACAUGUAACCGUAAUUAUACUGGACUUCCAAGUCCACCUAGUCCACCUUCACCUACAGACUGCUCUACAGAUUGUUUUAAACAAAUCGAAAUGGUAACAGUCGAUCAUAAUCAAUCAUAUCAACAAUCAGGCUAUUCAACGAUGUUGAAUCUUCCAGCAAUUAGUUGUCUAUAUUUGCCACAUCCUAUUGAUUCCACAAUGUUAACGUCCACUACACGCAUGACUGCCUUUAAGCCGGUAGUGAAAGAAGUAAAUGACCCUUAUAAAUAUGGGUAUCCAUCUCCCGUGGAAGCACCUAAUGAUGUUUACUAUACCGCCACAAUGCCUACUCGUAUGGCAUGA